AUGUCUUCUCGUACGAACGCUGAGAUGCGCGGUCUGCACAUCGGCACGGAUAGGCAUGCGUGGUGGAAGGAGGCUGUUGUCUAUCAGAUAUAUCCCGCUUCCUUCCUCGAUACGAACGGAGACGGUUGGGGCGAUGUGCCGGGUAUCACAAAGAAGCUGGAUUAUCUCAAGGAUCUGGGCGUCGAUGUUAUAUGGGUAUCACCGAUCUAUAAAAGCCCGCAGGCGGACAUGGGCUACGACAUCGCCGACUAUGAAGAUAUCGACCCUAGUUAUGGGACACUAUCGGACGUCGACAACCUCAUCAAGGAGAUCAAGAAGCGCGGCAUGAAGCUGAUAAUGGAUCUGGUGGUCAAUCACACCUCCGAUCAACAUGCAUGGUUCCUAGAGUCUCGCUCCUCCAAAUCGUCCCCCAAGCGCGACUGGUACAUCUGGAAAGCCCCCAGGUACGACUCACAAGGAAAUCGCCAGCCACCCAACAACUGGGCGCUUCUCCUCGGCGAAGCGAACUCCGCCUGGACAUGGGACGAGAACACGCAGGAAUACUACCUCUCGCUCUUCACGCCUGAGCAGCCAGACCUCAACUGGGAGAACCCUGCUGUGCGCGAAGCGGUCCACAACAUCCUGCGCUUCUGGCUCGACCGCGGUGCGUCCGGCUUCCGCAUGGACGUCAUCAACCUGAUCUCGAAGGUGCAAACCUUCCCAGACGCGGAGGUGCUAGCACCAAGCCAUGCAUACCAGCCGGGCGACAAGUUCUUCGCAAACGGUCCGCGAUUGCACGAAUUCCUGCAAGAAAUAAACCAGAAAGUGCUCUCCAAGUACGACACCCUCACCGUCGGCGAAAUGCCCUUCGUCCGCGACGAAGACGAGAUCAUCAAAGUCGUCGGCGCCGAAUCAGGCGAGCUGAACAUGAUAUUCGCCUUCGAUCUCGUCGACAUUGACAACGUGCCCGGCGAGUUCACAUUCACGCUGCAUCCGUGGAACGCGCGCGAUCUGAAGCGCUGCGUCGCAAGACUGCAGCGGCUUAUGCUGGAAAGAGAUGGAUGGAACUCGCUCUUCGUCGAAAACCACGACCAGCCGCGCAGUGUCUCGCGGUACACGGACGACAGUGACCAGUGGCGCGAGUACGGCGCCAAGCUGCUCUGCUUGCUGCAGACUACGCUGGCGGGCACUCUGUAUGUGUAUCAGGGCGAGGAGAUUGGGAUGCGCAAUGUGCCCGAGAGUUGGGGCCCGGAGGAGUACAAAGACAUCCAAAGCAUUAAUUUCUUCAAAAAAUACAACGAGAUGUACCCCGAUAACCCGGAGAAAAUAGCCCUGGCGCGGAAAAUCAUGCAGCGCAAAGCGCGAGACAACGCGCGCACGCCCGUGCAAUGGACCGCGGACCCGCACGCAGGCUUCACCUCACCUUCAUCGAAGCCCUGGAUGCGCGUAAAUGACGACUACAAAACCGUAAAUGUCGCUGCGCAGCUCGCCAAUCCGAAUCCCCAACCCGGCACGCUUUCCGUGCACAGCUUCUGGAGGCGCGGACUGGAGCAUCGGAAGAAACAUAAAGAAGUGUUUGUAUACGGAGACUUUGAGCUUAUCGACGCAGAGCAUGAGAGCGUGGUUGCGUACAAGCGGUGGAGCAAGGAUACGGCGUGUGUCGUUGUGCUGAACUUCAGUGGGGAGACGGUGGAGUGGGAUGGGAUGGGAGAGAUGAGCGUUAAGCGGUGGUGGGCGGGGAAUUAUGAUGAGCGUGAGUUGGGGAAGAAGAGCACGGGUGGGAAGAUUGAGCUUAGCCCUUGGGAAGGGCUGAUUGGGGAGUUGGAAUAG